ACCGGGGAUGGGAUUAUUUUCUUCCGUCUUGAAAACAAAUUCACAAUUACGUAAAUACCCCUAAAUUACGGUGAAAAUUCCUUUUUCGUCCUCAUCAUUCGGCUUCCUUCUUCCUUUUGGAUUCCUUUGUCUACUCCGAUUCAUAGAUCGCAGCCUAUAAAUUUUCCUCUCAAUCUCUCUCUAAAUUAUCCUUCGUUUUCACUCUCUUGAGCUCAAAUUUUCUUUUCUCGGCAUUUAUUUUCCGGGAAUCUCUAUUUCCAAGUUUCUCUCAGCAGUAGCGAUGAACGCCCUCGCAGCAACCAACAGAAAUUUCCGCCACGCGGCUCGGAUUCUCGGAUUGGACUCCAAGCUCGAGAAGAGUCUUCUGAUUCCGUUCAGAGAGAUCAAGGUGGAGUGCACAAUUCCAAAGGACGACGGAAGCUUGGUGUCGUACGUCGGGUUCAGAGUGCAACACGACAAUGCGCGUGGCCCCAUGAAAGGAGGAAUCAGAUACCAUCCUGAGGUUGAUCCCGAUGAAGUGAAUGCUUUGGCUCAAUUAAUGACCUGGAAGACUGCUGUUGCUGAUAUUCCAUAUGGUGGUGCAAAGGGUGGGAUUGGCUGCAAUCCACGGGAGUUGAGUAAUAGUGAGCUGGAGCGGUUGACUCGUGUUUUUACACAAAAGAUUCACGAUCUCAUUGGAAUUCAUACCGAUGUUCCAGCUCCAGAUAUGGGCACUAAUGCACAGACUAUGGCAUGGAUUUUGGAUGAAUACUCAAAGUUUCAUGGUCACUCGCCAGCUGUUGUCACUGGAAAGCCCAUAGAUUUGGGUGGAUCACUGGGUAGAGAAGCUGCAACUGGGCGCGGUGUCAUUUUUGCAACAGAGGCUUUACUUGCUGAACAUGGAAAACAGAUCAAGAAUAUGACUUUUGGUAUUCAGGGAUUUGGAAAUGUGGGAUAUUGGGCAGCAAAGCUUAUACAUGAGAAAGGUGGAAAGGUUGUUGCAGUAAGCGAUAUCACUGGUGCAGUCACGAACCCGAACGGUAUCGACAUACCGGAACUCCACAGGCAUAAAGAAAGUACUGGAAGCCUAGUGAACUUUGAAGGCGGAGAUAGUAUGGAUCCGAACGAGCUACUUGUUCAUGACUGUGAUGUUCUUAUCCCAUGUGCCUUAGGUGGAGUUCUAAACAGAGAGAAUGCUGCUGAUGUGAAAGCCAAGUUCAUAAUUGAAGCAGCAAACCACCCCACAGAUCCAGAGGCAGAUGAGAUUCUAUCCAAGAAGGGAGUCAUAAUUCUACCCGACAUAUACGCGAAUGCUGGUGGAGUCACCGUAAGCUAUUUCGAGUGGGUUCAGAACAUUCAAGGUUUCAUGUGGGAUGAAGACAAGGUAAACAAUGAACUUCAGAGGUACAUGACCAGAGCGUUUCACAACAUCAAGAACAUGUGCAAGUCACACGACUGCAACCUGCGGAUGGGCGCUUUCACGUUGGGCGUGAACCGGGUCGCACGUGCCACGCUUCUCAGAGGUUGGGAAGCAUAAUCUAUAUACAUUGAGGGGUGGAUCAAAGAUGAACCUUAUUAGUUUUUAUAUGAUUUUUCUUCAACUUGUGAAGCAUACACAGGAUGUGGAUUAGCAUAAAUUGUUCAAACUUUAGUAUCUUUUUUUUCAGCAUAGUAGUUUGUAAAAUGUCUCAACCUAUUGGAUUAUGAGCAAUUGAAAUGGAAUAAUUUUGCCAAACUGAACAUAGCUCAAGUGGUUAAGACAUUUAUCUCUGACCAAGAGGUCAUGAGUUUGAAUCCAA